GCGUGACCUGAGCAUGUGAAUGACAUGUGCUGAAGUGUCCACGUGUUACAAUUACUCUGUACGACUGCUAUUAUGGCUCUUGCCUUGCAAAUUGAAAAGGUGUUGGUUCUUGAUGGCGUAGAUGCAUCUUGCACGCAGCUACUAGAGUCGAACGGCAUCAAAGUAGAUAUUCGGGCAAAAUUGAGCGAAGAAGAACUGGUGACUUCAUUGGGCGGGUAUGACGCUGUUGUUGUUCGGUCUGCUACCAAGGUGAAGGGUGAUGUGUUGCAUGCGGGCGCUUCUGGAAGACUGAAGCUGAUUUCCCGCGCUGGAACUGGAGUUGACAAUAUUGAUGUGGAUGCCGCGACAAGAAGAGGGGUAUUGGUUAUGAAUGCUCCUGGAGGCAACACAUUUAGUGCUGCUGAGCAUGCGUGUGGUUUAAUGCUCGCUGUUGCUCGAAAUGUUGCUGCUGCUGAUAGUUCUAUGAAAGCUGGCCAGUGGGAUCGUAAGAAAUUUGCUGGGUGUGAAUUAGAUGGAAAAGUUCUUGGAGUUCUUGGCGUUGGAAGGAUUGGGCAAGCUGUAGCUACUAGGAUGCAAGCGUUUGGCAUGAGAACAGUUGGCUAUGAUCCUGUUGUUCCUCCUUCUUUGAUGCGUGAGAAUGGAGUAGAGCCUGUGGAUUUGGAGGAGUUGUGGAAAGUGUCUGAUUUCAUUACGGUACACACUCCAUUACUGCCUUCAACAAAAGGAAUGCUGGGCGCUGAGGUAAUUGGAAAAUGUAAACAAGGAGUGCGCAUUAUUAACGCUGCAAGAGGUGGCAUUGUUGAUGAAGAAGCUUUGGUUUCAGCUCUUGAAUCUGGUCAUUGUGGAGUGUUGGGUUCUGAGUUGAGUCAGUGUUAUAAUCAUUCAAGUAAAGGCAGUGUCGUAAUCAUUCCAGUAGAGGCUGUCAGUUGUACACUAAGUACAGGAGAAAAGAGGCAGACAGCUCUUACCUGCUCUGAUAUGUCUCUGCGAAAUUCAAGAACAAGUGGUGUUGUCGUAUAUCUUCAAAAAGGAAAUGCAGACAUAAUCACACAGAAAGUUGCCAACAUUGCAAUUGUGCAAGAAGCAGAUCCGAACAGAGGGAUUGGAUUCUUUGUGACAGGAUGUAACAGUGUGGCUGUGAACAAGGUUUCUAAGCAUUGUGUAUGCAAAUGGCAGGGUGCAGGACUGGAUGUUUUUGAAGAGGAACCACCCAAGAAUCGAAAGUUAAUUGAGCAUCCACGUGUCACGGCUUGUCCUCAUCUGGGUGCAAGUACCCCUGAAGCUCAGAAACGGUGUGGACAGGAGAUUGGAGAACAGAUUGUUAGUUUGGUGAAGGGCAUAUCAGCAGCAGGGAUUGUAUGUGUUACUGAUUUUAAUACAUCUUUCUACGUAUGA